GGGGGAGGCGGGCGUCUCGCGCACGCCACAUUCCGCGGACAGGAAGCUCAUCUCGAGCAGCUGAUAAUCGGCCUUGCGAUGUUCCGGCUUCUCCUGUGGGCCGGCUCCAUGUCCUAGCUGCGUUAGCUAGCUGGCUAACAAUGAAGGCCUAACCCAAAACCUGUGGGAUUUAAACCUCUCUCAACUGGUCCACGCAGCGAGGACAAAGAUACUCAGGCAUGGCCUCCCAGCUGCAAGUCUUCUCUCCUCCGUCCGUGUCUUCCAGUGCCUUUUGUCGGGUGAAAAAGAUGAAGGUAGAGAGCUGUGCAUGGGAUGCCUCCAGCGAGGGCUAUGGCACAGGGGGCCAAGGCUAUGGCUUCAACCCCGCCCCAGCCCUCCCGUUCAGCACCUCUGGUCUGGUUUUCCCCCCGGCCUCCCGGUGCCAGGUGGUGGUCCGUGCCGCCGACAGCACCGGGAACGUCCCACAGGGCUCAGCCCGGCGGGCGACCCACGCCAUCCAGCACUCGGACUCCCACGCCUCCCGUGGCCAGCGGUACGGCGUGAAGAGGAAGCACGAGGAGGCGGAGAGGUCCGUGGAGGGCGGUAGCGGAAGCGGCAGUGUACAGAUCCUGGAGGAGCUGUCGGCUCCAGCCUUCUCCACCCGCGCGGCUGGUGGCACCACGGCCCAGUCCAUCCCUCACUCUGCCCCCACCACCAAGAGCAGCAGCUCCAACUGUGAAGGCGACUACCAGCUGGUCCAGCACGAAAUCCUCUGCUCUGUGUCUAGCAGCUAUGAGGUGCUGGAGUUCCUUGGUCGCGGUACAUUUGGGCAAGUGGCCAAGUGCUGGAAGAGAGGCACAAAUGAAAUCGUGGCCAUCAAAAUCCUGAAGAACCAUCCUUCAUAUGCACGUCAAGGCCAAAUAGAGGUGAGCAUCCUGAACCGUCUCAGUGCUGAGAACGCCGACGAGUUCAACUUCGUGCGCUCGUACGAGUGCUUCCAGCACAAGGGCCACACAUGUCUGGUGUUUGAGAUGCUGGAGCAGAACCUGUACGACUUCCUGAAGCACAGCAAGUUCAGCCCACUGCCUCUGCGUCACAUCCGUCCCGUACUGCAGCAGGUCGCCACAGCCCUCAUGAAGCUCAAGAGCCUGGGUCUGAUCCAUGCUGACCUCAAGCCAGAGAACAUCAUGCUGGUGGAUCCUGUAAGGCAGCCCUACCGCGUCAAGGUCAUCGACUUUGGCUCAGCGAGCCACGUCUCCAAGGCAGUGUGUUCCACCUACCUGCAGUCCAGAUACUACAGAGCUCCUGAGAUCAUACUUGGUCUGCCGUUCUGUGAAGCCAUCGACAUGUGGUCACUGGGCUGUGUGAUCGCGGAGCUCUUCCUCGGAUGGCCGCUGUACCCUGGAGCCUCUGAGUAUGACCAGAUCCGAUACAUAUCUCAGACCCAGGGCCUUCCGGCGGAGUAUCUGCUCAGCGCAGGCACGAAAACCACCCGCUUUUUCCACAGAGGGCCUGACUCCAGCUACCCACUUUGGAGACUUAAGACCCCAGCGGAGCACGAGGCAGAGAUGGGUAUCAAGUCUAAAGAGGCACGAAAGUACAUCUUCAAUUGCCUGGAUGACAUGAUGCAGGUCAACCUGUCCUCUCACUUGGAGGGUACGGACAUGCUGGCAGAGAAGGCAGACCGACGAGAGUUCAUCGACCUGCUGAAGAGGAUGCUCCGUCUCGAUGCUGAUAAGAGAAUCACGCCCACCAAGACCCUGGGCCAUCCCUUUGUCACCAUGAGUCACCUACUGGAUUUCCCUCACAGUGCCCAUGUGAAGUCUUGCUUCCAGAACAUGGAACUGUGUAAGCGGAGGAGCAGUACCUAUGACAACAGCAAGGCCCUCUUUGCUGCUAAUGCUGUUCCCAGCACUGCAGGCAACCUGACCGUGACCUUCAGCAGCCAGCUCAACCAGAACAACCAGGUUCCCUCAGCUGGAGGAGCAGUUCCUCUCCUCAACUACCAGCCAGCCCUUUAUCAGCAGGCCACGAUCAACAUCCCUGGGCUGGCCCAGUCCAGCCUCCCCCUGCAGAGCCGCCCGCCUCAGCUAUGUGGUCAGUCGGAGCCCUUCCAGCAGACCCUCAUCGUCUGCCCACCCACCACCAUACAGGGGCUGCCAUCUUCCAGUAAGUCCUCCAGCUAUCCUGUGAGAAUGGAGAAUGGUGUCCCUGUUGUCCAGCAGAGCCAGAACUCGCAGGCUCUCCAGCUUCAGCCAGGCAUGCUCGCCCAGGGCUCCUGUACGCCGCUGAUGGUGGCCACCUUGCAUCCCCAGCCGUCUCAGUACCCACUGCCCCUGGCGCUGGGCUGCGGGGCAGGAAGGCCGUCCCUUCUGGAGCAGACAGCCACCGUGCUGCAGGCCUGGCAGACGGGCACGCAGCAGGUUCUCCUCCCCUCCGCCUGGCAGCAGGUGCCAGGCAUGGCUCUGCAUGGUGCAGGCACUGCGCCCGCCCUCAACGACUCACCCCUGGAGACUGUCCUUUCAGAUGGCUCUGCGCAUCAGACGCCCGCCUGGAGGGCAUCCCACAGUACCGUUCUACAGCAGAACCCUCAUGUUCUGGACUCCACACACUCUCUUGGCCAGGGAGUGUCUGGUGCCAUUCGAUCGUCCCAGAGCAAGAAGACCAAGCCUCGCGCUGGUGGUCCUUCCUACACCGCUGCCUUUUCCCAGCCAAUAGUCAUUUCCGACACACCUAGCCCAGCCAUCAGUGUCAUCACCAUCCAUAGUGAUUCUGAUGACGAGGACGAGAGGAAGUUCCAUCCUGCCAGCUGUGGACCCAGUCAGAGAGCCAACGUUAUCAGCUGUGUGACGGUGCAUGACUCGGACUCCUCCAACGCUAGCCCCCUGACCCCCCUGCCCCGGAAUGGGCCCUUGGUAGCUCAGCAUUCCCGGCUAGCAAAAACUCUAGCGAUAGUUGCCCCUUCAGUGAAAACACAGUCAGGGGUACCAGCCAGGGGCUCAUUGUCAGCCAGACUGCCUGCAGGAGUACCACAGAGUUCCUACGUCAAGCCUAAGAGGACAGCCACGCGGCAGCCGUGCAGCUCAGGGGAAAGCAUCGCUCACCAAGAGCCCAGCAGCUCCCAACCACUUAACCUCAGCCAGACCGGGGUCUCAUCAUCUCAAGACCACACUAGUGGCUCUUCGCUGCGCCGACAGCAGACCUACCCGCCUUCCUCUUCCCAGUACCGCCUCCAGGAGGCCCUGCCAUUCACCAGCGCCCCCAGCCUGUACACGUACCCCGCCUCUGCUGCACUGGCCUCCGCCUCCCACACCGUGGAACAGCUCCUUGUCCAGGGCUCCUCCCCUUCCAUACAUGUCCCGCCCACCAGUCACUAUGCAGCCAGUCUUAUCCCAAAAGACUCGGUGGGUGGCGUGGUACACGCACUGCCCCCCCACUACCAACAGCACUUCCCUACUCAUCCCUAUGUUGGCACAAACACCAGCACCACUAGAGGAGGCGGAGCCUAUGGAGGCUAUCAGCUCAGUCCUAGGAGAGUUGCUCAGUAUCCAUACAUAUGAGGAUACACAUUAGAGAAGCACCUGAGGCUGUUACCGUAUAGGACCACGUCCUCAGACUUCACUCUCCAUAGACUUGCCAUUGAAACUGCUGCGACAUUUAACUAUUUAAUUGAACUAUUUUAGAUUUUUUUUUUUUUUCCUUUCUUUUUUUAUGGUUGAUAUUUAGAAAUAUUAUAUUUUACCAUUCUCUAUUUGUAUCCUUCAUUGGAAAGUCCUGCUAUUUGUUAGGGUUAAGUUUAUUUUCUUAGCACAAGAAAUGUGGUGACAUGGUGUUUAGAAAUGACAUUCUUUAGCAAUAGAGAAACACUAUUGAAAUGCUGACAGACAAGGACAUCAGAAUCCAGGCCCAGCACACCCUUGUACUUCUCUCUGUAAUACUAAACCUCCACACUAACUCUCCAAUCCACUUUUGACCCAUUUUAGUCUCGUUUUAAUGUUUUGUGAUUUUUUUGUUUUGUUUUUAGUUGUCUCUUUUAAAAAAAAAAAAUCAUUUUAAAUUAUGUUCCACCAUGUUGGCUUUUACUUUACUGAAAGAUGUGCAUUGAAGUGACUGAAAAGUUUGGAGGGACAAAAGGGGAAAAAAGAAAAGGAGUAUGUCCAUAGCCCCUGUGGCUUCAUUAUUUAAGUCGCGUGUUAGAUAAAUCAAAGAAAAGGUAGACUCGUAGGACGCAUGUUGUGCUGAACGUAAACUGAUAGAAAUCAGAUGAUGAUGAUUUGGUUUUGUCUAGUUGUUUUUAUCUUGUCGAAGUCCAUGAAUUGCUCUUUGAAAAAAAACUGUGAUCAUGUCAAAGCCAAUGGAUAUGUACUUACUAGAACUUCCCUCUGCCUUUUUUUUUUUUUUUUUUCUCCUUAAGACAUCAGGAAAAACGGCAGUUAUAUUCUGUCGAUCUAUUUCCUGAACUGACGAGCUGUUAGGGUUGGGGUUUUGUUUUUUUGUUUUUUUGUUUUGGUGCUGUUACGAGUAGAAUUAACUUUGCAGGAUGAGCUACCUGACACCAAAAAAACACCUGUCAAACAUCAGGGCUCGGUGUUGGUGAACUUUUGAGCACUUUUUGAUGUCACAUACCCCCCCGCCCUAGAAGGAUAAGCUUAUAAUGAAGCAGCUGAUGUUAUGCGGUGACCCAGCACUGGUUUGGCACAACCCUUUGCAAAUUCGUUUUCUUUGCUCAAAAGUACACUGGCUAAACUAUAUGGUCUUACUUGUUCUACUCUGAAUAAGAUAAUGUGCCUUGACAGUCUUUCUCUGGCUGUUUGGCAGUGCUUUUUGAAGUCAAGAUUACGUUCUCUCAUCGACCAUGGAAAGUACUGUAUGCAUUUUGUAAUGUAGAAUUAUGAAAGUACAUCAAAAGACCAUCAAAUAAACAACAAUUCCAUUUAA